ACUGUAUUUGGACUCUUCCUCUGAAUUAUUUAUCUAUCGUAAACCUAUCUUCUUCUUUUGCCUCAGCUUCUCUUCUCCAUCUCUCAGAGUCGGCAGAAGACGCCACCAUGAAGGAGAAAACAUGUCUUCUUCUCAUCCUCUUCUACGCCCAGUUGCUAUCCUACGCCUUCAUAUCCUCGGCCGUCCCAUCACCCUACCCGGACCCCACCUGCGGUCCCCGCGAUGAUCUGACGGUGGUAAGAAGGGAAGAGUACGAUAACGGAAGGAUCCUGGACAUCACACACAGAUACAGAGAGGACAUGCCCUCUUGGGAUUCUGACGAGCUCGGUCAGUUCUUGUGGCUUCCAAAAAGCAUGAAGAACGGUUCCCUCGCCAACAAUUCCGAGAUGAAGAUGCCCACUCACAGCGGCACCCAUGUCGAUGCCCCGGGCCACGUCUUCCAGGAAUACUUCGAAGCCGGCUUUGAUGUCGACACCCUCGAUCUUGCGGUCCUCAAUGGACCUGCAUUGUUGGUGGAUGUUCCAAGGGAUACAAACUUAACAGCUGAAGCUAUGAAGCUCCUAAAUAUACCUAGAGGAGUACGUCGUGUGCUUUUCAGAACAUUAAACACUGAUAGACAGCUCAUGUGGAAACGAGACUUUGAUACAAGCUAUGUUGGAUUUACAAAGGAUGGUGCACAGUGGUUAGUAGAAAAUACAGAUAUUAAGCUUGUCGGAGUUGAUUACUUAUCUGUUGCAGCAUGGGUUGAUUUGAUUCCUGCUCAUCUGGUUUUCCUCAAAAGUAGAGAAAUCAUCUUGGUGGAAGCCCUGAAAUUGGAUAAUGUGAAGCCAGGGAUAUACUCUUUGCAUUGCUUGCCUCUAAGGUUGCCUGGUGCAGAGGGAUCACCAAUAAGAUGCAUCCUUAUACAAUGAAUAAUCUCUCAUCGGUACCUGAAGUGUUGUCUAUGCAUAUAGGGAAUAGGAUGACGACGUGGGUGUUUUAUUUGCUUGUCCGAUAUUCUCUUAGUAAUUUAGAAUGUUAUUCUCUUGAGGUUUAAUUAGUUGCUCCCCUUUUGAAUGUCUGACUGUAAAAUGUUCACCCGUGCCAUAUCCAAGUACAGUAGCCACAGCUGCGGACAAGUGGUUUUGUGAUGAACACUUUUAAACCUAAAAUAUUGAACACUUAUUGGUAUUCCUUACA